UCAAAUUGCAAUUAGCCACCGUUUCCGUGACCAAACUGACCACCGCAUUCCUCCAUCCCAACCAACCCGAAAAUCGCACUUUAUUAUCACUACAAAACCCGACAGUGAUCCAUUUUUCCUCCGGCGAGAGCGAGAGAGCAAAAUCGAGCUACGGCAAAAAUGGCGAGAGACAUAGACGAUCUGCCAAAACAACCGGCCAAUUACACCGCCUUGACUCCGCUUUGGUUCCUGGAAAGAGCCGCCACCGUCCACCCCAACCGAACCGCCGUCGUCCAUGGAUCGCAGCGCUACACUUGGCUCCACACUUACCGCCGCUGCCGCCGAUUGGCCUCCGCACUUUCCCGCCACUCCAUCGGCGCCGGCGCCACGGUUGCGAUCAUUGCGCCCAACAUACCCGCGAUGUACGAGUCCCAUUUCGGGGUUCCGAUGUCAGGAGCUGUAUUGAACACGGUCAACAUCCGUCUCAACCCGCAGACCAUAGCUUUCCUGCUGGGUCACUCAGAAUCAGCAGUCGUGAUGGUCGACCAGGAGUUCUUCAAACUAGCCGAGGAUGCCUUGAAAAUACUCUCCGAGACAAAAACGAGCUACAACCCGCUCUUGAUCGUGAUAGCUGAUCCAAGCUGCGAAGCGAGUUCUCUGAAAUAUGCUCUGGGGAAAGGGGCGGUGGACUACGAGGAGUUCUUGGAAAGUGGUGACCCUGAGUUUGCUUGGAAGCCACCGGAGGAUGAGUGGCAAAGCAUUGCGUUAGGGUAUACUUCUGGGACGACGGCGAGCCCCAAGGGGGUCGUGUUGAGCCAUAGAGGGGCUUAUUUGAUGUCGUUGAGUGGGGCGAUGAUUUGGGGGUUGAAUGAAGCUGCUGUGUAUUUGUGGACCUUGCCCAUGUUUCAUUGCAACGGGUGGUGUUAUACUUGGUCGCUUGCUGCUCUUUGUGGGACUAACAUAUGCCUUAGACAGGUGACAGCGAAGGCAGUCUAUCAAGCCAUAGCCAACCAAGGCGUGACACACUUCUCCGCUGCACCAGUUGUCCUCAACACCAUCGUGAACUCUCCAAAGGAAGACGCCAUCCAUCCUCUACCUCGACUCGUCCAUGUCAGCACAGCUGGCGCUGCUCCUCCUCCUUCUGUGCUCUUUGCCAUGGCCGAAAGAGGCUUCCGUGUAACCCACACAUACGGUCUUUCCGAAACCUAUGGCCCAUCAACAGUCAACGCAUGGAAGCCUGAGUGGGACUCUGAGCCUCCCAUAGCUCAAGCGCGCCUCAACGCACGUCAGGGCGUCCGAUACAUCGGCCUUGAAGCCCUCGACGUCGUGGACCCCAAGACCAUGAACCCGGUCCCACCAGAUGGCAAAACACUUGGUGAGAUCGUGAUGCGUGGGAAUUUAGUUAUGAAGGGUUACUUGAAGAACAAGAAAGCCAACGAGGAAGCGUUUGCCGGAGGUUGGUUCCAUUCCGGUGACUUGGGGGUCAAGCAUCCAGACAACUACAUAGAAAUCAAGGACAGGUCGAAGGACGUGAUCAUAUCCGGCGGUGAGAACAUUAGUAGUGUCGAGGUUGAGAAUGUUUUGUACGGUCACCCGAAGGUGUUUGAGGUUUCUGUGGUGGCGAGAGAGGACGAGAGGUGGGGGGAAUCGCCAUGUGCUUUCGUGACAUUGAAGGAAGGAGUGAAAAAGGAGGAUGAAGAACGGUUGGCUGGGGAGAUCAUCAAGUUCUGUAAGGAGAAGAUGCCUGCUUACUGGGUGCCGAAGUCUGUGGUGUUUGGUCCUUUGCCGAAGACCGCCACGGGGAAGAUCCAGAAGCAUGUGUUGAGAGCUAAAGCCAAAGAGAUGGGUCCUGUGAAGAAGAGCAGAUUGUGAGGGACCCGAAAGCUGUGGAGACAUAUGACGACAACGAUGAUAAAACGAGGUACACAAACUCUUGAGGCUGCUAAGAGAAAUGGUGAAAUGUGGAUAGAAUGGAAGGUGGAUAUCUAGCCUUUGGUGUUAAGCAAAGGUUAUAUUUAUCAUAAUGACCAAUUAUGGUCCUAAUAAAUAACCCUGGCUAGUGUAAAUUACAAAUCUCAGUUUCGUGCUCUUAUCGUGUCAAUACAGAGUUUAAUGUCGAACGUACGUGAUGCAUAUAAGCGAGUUUGGGUGACCAUACACCACAUGUAUAGAGAUACACUAUCCAAUGUGUCUUACAGUCUUAGCCUCUAGUCUACUUCUGGCUCCAUUUUCUUUGGUAUCAUGUGUCUUCUUUUUUCGUUCUUUCUUCGUUCAGUUUUGUAAUAUAGAAAGAUGGGCAAACAUGUCCAACUCAUGAUGUUGGUUUUUUCGUCGUGACUCCAUGCCUAGAAAAUUCGGAUGUCUGGCGUUGGUUCUUGAAGAUCACGUUGUGGCCCAGAGGAUUCCAUGCUUUAACUUGUCUGGUUGCUUCUGAAUCUAUAGGCGUAUAUCUUAGUAUUACCUUUGCCUGCCAGGAACCAAUUUGCUGCUGUGGAGCAACUUGCUUGUCGUUUUCUGUGUAACCUUCGUUUUCUCCGUUUGUUUAAUACGAAGUUAUCGUCUGAUUAAUCACGAUUUGGCUGGGAGCGGUUACGGUGCUAAUUGUACAAGAGUUAGCACCGUCCUAACCAAGAGUUAGUAGUGAUUUAGAUUAGAUGUUGUAUUGAUUUUAUAAUAAUCCGUAGUGAUUUCGUUGUUUUUAGUAGCGUUUUUUGCUAG